UUGUUCGCUAUGGGACAAAGAACUAUAUGUUUUUGCGCAUGUAAAUUAGCCCACGAAGCCCUUGUGAAAUGUCUAUAGACUUGAGUGAUGAAGCACCUCAUCUGACUUUUCUACAUUUUUCCGAGACAGCAAAAACUGACGUAAUUAGCUUGAGUAGCUGUAGCAUGAUGAAGACUCCUCCUCCCCCUACUUCUCUGCGGGUCAAACGCAGAAAUGUACGCCAGAUCAGAAGACACGUCUGCUUAAACCGAGCCAGCGGUGAAGACGAAGGCUCUCUGUGGAAGAUCCAGCACAACCAGCGUGACUUGCGAUACACCAGAGUGCCCAUGUCCUCAACCACUGUCGUCCAGCGGCAUGAAAUGGCUUCAUACUUCCAACUUUUUGAUGAUGACCUGAUUCAAGACUUUCUGAGAAUGGAUUGUUGCUACAAAAUGACAGACAAGUACCUUUUAGCCAUGACCUUUGUGUACUUCAAACGGGCCCGCUUUACUAUUGCCGAAUACACCAGAAAGAACUUUUUCAUUGCCCUCUAUCUUGCUAACACUAUGGAGGAGGAUGAGGAGGAGAGCAAGUAUGAAAUUUUCCCAUGGGCUCUGGGUAAGAACUGGAGGAGGCAAUUUUCCCGCUUUCUCAAGCAGCGAGAUGAGCUGUGGGCUCGCAUCCAGUACAGAGCUGCUGUCAGCAGGCGCUGCUGUGAGGAGGUGAUGGCUAUUGUUUCCUCCCACUAUGUGUGGAAACGUCGGCGGUCUGACCACCACAGCGGUGCCCAGCGGCGGUACAGCGAUGGAGGCCAAGCCCACUUUCCCCGUGGGCCCUCUGCCUCCCCGGUCUCCUGUGCCCUAUGUAACUACAGCAGCAGGUUACAUCACAGCCCUGUUUCUUCUUCGACUUCCAGAUGCUGCUCUGCAAAGACCCUGGAAAUCGGCUAUCCACACUCGUUUGCCUCAGCCAUUAGCUUGGAGAUAACCCCACCUAGAGCCUCUCAUAGGAAAGCAGGGGAGACUAAAAGCAAGGCACAGCAGUCAUGCUGCUUCUGUCCUGAGGAGGUUCCAAGAGAAGCUUCUUCCUGUGACUCCACAUAUGAUGCCUUCAUGGACUGGAUUAAUGAGAUGUAAAGCAUCAGAACGCCUCUACAGCUCAAUUCAAUCCGUUUAAUGCCUCGCUUUCUAAAUCAACUUGCACUUCUCACUUUAAAGUGAAGCUCUAAAUACCCCCUAGUUUGUCUUUCUCCUCUAAAACAAAAUGUAUUCAUGUUGAGAUAACUAUCAAACCAUAACAGAAACAUGAACUAAUGUUAAUACAUAGAAACAUGAAAGGAGUUUUCUGUUAUUUGCUCCGUAAGCUGUUCCAGGUAUUGUUCUAUUUAUUUAUUUAUUUAUUUAUACAUUAUUUAAUUUAUUCACAGUUUUGGAAUUUGUCAUCCUGUUUCCACAGCUGUAUUUCUCAGUCAACUGGUUUAUAUUUGAUGCGUGUCCUUAGCAACCUGUUACAUAGUGGGACUCUACAGUGCUUUUCAGGUCUGUUUCCAAUGUGCCUGUUUGAUGAAAUACAAGGUUAAAUGAGAA